AAUAGAGUAAAUGCCAUCUACGGAAUAACUACAGGGAGCGCUUUCCUGUGUGUGGUCCGUUCGUUGAAAUGACGUUUAUAAAGCCUGCAUCCUGCAUUAUUGGAAGAUCGCAGUUUGCCUGGAUCACUGGUGCUUUUCUACUAUUUCUAAUUGCAGAUAGGUGGAUAACUUUCGCUUAUACUCAAGGUAACUAAAGGUGGACAGAUAAUUUAACUUAUGCUAGGAUCAGAAUUCCAAGGGAAACUGUUUACAUCCAGAAACACUUGCUGUAGUAUUUUAGAUCGCCUUUAUUAUGAUUGAAGUUUUAAAUGAUUGGUUUCUAUGGCGGCUAACACUCAAAGCUGACUGACUUCACUGCUAAACAGCGCUGGCAAUUAAAGCGGAACGGCCCUAAAGUAUCGGCUUGAGUUAAACUGGGAUGCAAUUUCAACAGCUACAGAAUAACGUAUAAAAACAUAAUACGGUAUCACCUGUCUUGUCAUUGAAUAGUAACUAUAUUGAACUGUCAUAAUAAAAUGUAUUAAACUUUCAUAUAUUAAGUUAAACAUUCCAACAAUUAUAACGAAUAUGUCAGCUAAAUUUACCUUUGUUCUGUUUUACAUGUCUAUGUCGUACGUCUUUGAAUUAUAAACAAUCACGAGAAGAAACCAAGGGAAAAACACUUUUUUUCUUUUUAAAGUCUUGACUAAUUCUUGCCGGGGAAAUUUCAUUUUUACAUCACCAAUGUGACAUUAACUUUGUGAAUGGCUAUCAAAAUCACCAAGCGAAUUGAAACAGCUCAGCUUUUGGUUUUCACGGAAACACUGGCUCACGCAAAAAUAUUCAAAGAAUUAAAUACUUGACUUUUUAGUUUUCAAUUGGACUUCAACGAAAAACUCCGAAAUCGAAAGCGAUUGCGAAGAUGUAGGCUUCAUUUGGUUGUUGGCGCUAUGGCCAGUAGAAUAGGAGGCCCUCCAAGUCAGUAGGGACCUUUUAUUUACCAUCAUAUAAACUAGUUAAGAAAUUUAGGCAAUAAAGAAAUCGUGAAAUGUGACCACGAUAACGAAAACUGCAGGUAUAGGCAGUGAUCAAAGUGAUCAUUUACGAUUAGCACGAUUAUCUUAAUAAAAACGCACAUUUAAGGUCUAAAACUUGAGUUCGUAGAUAGAAUAAAUCAGUACUCUAAAUGAAGUCUGUCAGGGCGUUUAGAUAAAUACUUCCUUUAAAUAAUAUGUUUAUAGCAAGGUUCAAGGUUGAGUGAAUCCAAUAAAAUAGAGAUGACGUACCUCGUCGCAGAGUUCUUUAAAAAUUAAGAAUAAUGAUAGUAAAGCUUAAUGCAUACAAUAAUUGUUCUAACGAAAGCCAUAUACUGAAACUGGUGACAUAAUAUAAUGAAAUCAUGGUAUGAUCUUGUCGAGCCUUGAUAAUUGCUAUAUUAGCGGCCCCAUGAAACGGAUGCCGACAUUUUAAUCGAGUCGAAAUCGAGCCCCAUUUAACAUAUUUGAUCAGUUUGGUCACCUUAUUGGACAUCUCUGGAAUGAUGUUUUUAAUCAGGUUUAACUGAUUCAGUCCCAUACCACAUGAAAAAAAGAUAUAUUUGCCACUCUAACUAUUAAAUCUGGCAAGCCAUUGACGUUAAAAAAAAAAAAAGAGAUUGAUGAAAAUGCAUUUUCAAAUUCCAUAAAUAUGUAUGAUCUCUACUUUCCGUUAUUUCAUUUCGUUCUUUGAUUAUUAAUAAGUUGUAAUAAUCUAGCUAUAGAUAACGAAACUGUAAUUGUAUAAACAACUGUAUUACUUGAAGGAUAUUUCCUUCCUUUCACCUCCAAAGACUGCCAUUCCGAAAUAGCAGCGAUACAUGCCUUCUUGUCAAUUAUAAAUCAUUUCCUUAAAAAUAAUAAUAAUGAUGAUGAUGAUAGACUAGACUAGGGUAGACUAGACUGGUUAAGAAACUACCUAUAAGGAGGAAAACAAAUUGUUAAAUUCAAAUUAACUAGCUCAGAUUACUUACCAAUUAAGUGUGGUGUGCCACAAGGAUCGUUUCUUGGACCACUCUUGUUUUUAAUAUGUGUCAUUGAUAUAUGUAAAAACUCUGAGAUAUUAUUAUGUACGAUGUAUGAAGGUUGGCAAAAAACCUAUACAUAAUAAAAAAAGUUAUGAUGAUAAUGAUAAUGAUGAUGAUGAGAAGGAUAAUUAUAAUAAUAUGAUAAUGAUGAUGAUAAUGUUAAUUAUAAUUAUAAUUAUAAUUAUAAUUAUAAAAUUAUAAUUAUAAUUAUAAUUAUAAUUAUAAUUAUAGUGAUAAUGAUAGUGAUAGUGAUAAUGAUAGUGAUGAUAAGAUCAACUUUUAUCCAGGGAUGUUAGUUGAGACAACCAUAAUUUUUGGUUUUAGCUUCAUGCCCAGAUGGCUGGAUUGAAGGUGUUCACGGAUACUGCUACAACUUUUCUUCCGACAACUUAACCUGGCCCCAAGCAAAAUCCGCUUGCGAAGCUGUGGGAUCUAGACUUGCG